CUUCCCCACAAUGUAACCAAACACACAACAAAAAACAAGAAUUAACCAUGGGUGCAAUGCGUCCACAGAUAAGUGCCGGAAAAGCUAGAGCUUUCUCUCAAAUGGGGUUCUUCUCUAACACAGCAAGUGGAGAAAGGGAGAAGAGCAUCUACACAAUUUUGACCUUGGAUCGUUGGGACUCGCUCAAUCAUAUGGGGUAUAAAAUGGCUUCACUUAGGCCCGUUCAUGGCAAGUUGGCUUUGAAAUUCUUGAACUGGUUUGUUAAGCAACCUGGUUUGGAGUUCAGUCAUAUUAUUAAUAUGUAUGGCAUCACGACCCACAUACUCAUUAGAGCUAGAAUGCAUGACUAUGUUAAGUCAAUUUUGGGGCAUUUAUCUGACAUGGAUAUUGGGCCAAGUUCUGUUUUUGGUGCUCUAAUGGAUACAUAUCGCCUUUGCAGUUCAAACCCUUGUGUUUUUGACCUCUUAAUUAGGGUUUAUGUGAGAAAAGGUACAAUUAAAGAUGCUCUUCAGAUAUUUGAUUUGAUGAGUUCUCGAGCAUUUAAACCGUCGGUUUACACUUGCAAUAUGCUCCUAGCAGCAAUUGGGAAGAAGGGGAAUGCUGAGUCCGUCUGGUCGUUUUUCAAAGAAAUGCUUGCUAAACGUAUUUGCCCUAAUGUUGGUACAUUCAAUAUACUUUUACAAGUUCUUUGUGCCAAAGGAAAGGUCGAGAGUGCAAAGUAUUUGCUUGCAAAGAUGGUAGAGAGUGGUUAUAACCCUGAUGUGGUUACUUAUAAUACUUUGCUUAAUUGGUUUUGCAAAAAGGGAAGGUAUAAAGCAGCUUUAGAACUGAUUGAUUGCAUGAAUUCUAAAGGUCUUGAAGCCGAUGUUUGUACAUACAACAUAUUUAUAGAUGACUUGUGCAGGAAGAACAGGAGUGCUAAAGGUUAUUUAGUAUUGAGGAAGAUGAGUAAGAGAUUGAUUGUUCCAAAUCAUACUACCUAUAAUACUCUUAUUAACGGGUUUGUGAAAGAGGGGAAGAUUGACAUUGCAGUGAAGAUUUUUCAUGAGAUGUUGAAGCUGAAUCUUUCACCAAAUUGUAUCACUUUCAAUUCUUUGAUUGAUGGGCAAUGUCAAGCAGGCAAUCUUAAAGAGGCUCAAGAGAUGCUGACUGAAAUGGAGACAAGAGGUCUACGGCCCAAUGAAGUUAGUUAUGGGGCUCUCUUGAAUGGUUUCUGCAAGCAUGGGAUAUUGGAUUCUGCACGAAAUAUCGUCAAGAAGAUGAAGCGAAACGGAUUGUCUAUCAAUCAGGUUGCAUAUACAAUGUUAUUAGAAGGGAUAUGCAAAACGGGGUCGCUUGGAGAAGUUGUACCGUUACUUGAGGAUAUGUUUGAGAGUGGUAUAUGUCUCGAUGUUGUUGCAUACUCGGUACUUCUGAAUGGAUUUUGUAAAGCUGGAAUGCUAAGUACAGCAAUGGAAAUAUUAUGUAGGAUGUACAAGUUUGGAGUUUUCCCGAACGAUGUAGUAUACUCUACUUUGAUCUACAACUUUUGCAAACAGCAAAAUGUCCUAAAAGCAAUGAGAGUCUAUGCAAUGAUGCACAAAACAGGCCAUCAUCCUGACACUUUCAUAUGCAACUCACUGAUAUCUUCUCUUUGUACAGGUGGAAGAGUAAGGGAGGCAGAGGAUUUCAUGCGUCACAUGCAUAAGAUUGGUCUUGUUCCCAAUUCUGUUGCUUUUACUUCUGUUAUUGAUUGCUAUGGAAAUGUAGGUGAAGGGUUAAAAGCAUUAUCCUGGUUUGACGAAAUGAUUAACUUGGGUAGACAGCCUAGCUUUAACACCUACGCAAGCUUACUAAAGGGAAUAUGCAGAGGAGGAAACCUUACAGAGGCUCUUGGAUUAUUUGAUAAACUUCGUGGAAGUAGCUGUGCGGCAGAUGUUGUUGUCUACAACUCAUUGCUGGCUGAGAUCUGUAAGUUAGGCCACUUCCACAUGGCAUUAAUCCUUAUCGACGAGAUGGUUCAGAAUAAUGUGCUCCCUGAUAGUCAUACCUACACCAAUCUCCUAGCUGGCUUGUGUGGGAAGGAUAGGUUGGUGCCUGCGAUUCUUCUGUUGGAAAGAGCAUUGAGUAGAGGAGACCCCUCGUCAAACCGGGUCAUGUAUACUUGUAUCAUUGAUGGACUUUUCAAGAGUGGCUUGCCUAAGGUUGCAAGUUACUUCUAUGAUGAGAUGACAAGAAAAGGUCUUACCCCAGAUACUGUGGCACUGAAUGUGGUGAUGGAUGGUUACACAAAACAUGGACAGAUGGAUAAGGUGAGUAGUCUCUUUUCUACAAUGAGACAGAGAGGUCAAAUGCCUUCCUUGGCUACAUAUAAUAUUUUAUUACGAGGCUACUCGAGACAGAAAAACAUAUCUGACUGCUCUAAGUUAUAUCAGUCACUUAGAGAAAAAGGUCUUGGUCCAGAUAAAUUAACAUGCCAUUAUGUGACCCUUGGACUCUGUGAGUCGAGUCUGCUGGAUAUUGGGGUUAAAUUUAUGAUAAAGAUGAUCUCGGGGGGAAUAGUGGCAGAUAAAUUCACAUUCAACAUGAUUAUCAGUAAAUAUUGUGAAAGGGAAGAGGUGAAGAAGGCCCUUGAUCUUCUUACUUUAAUGACUUCCUUAGGUGUUUCUCCUGAUAGAGACACUUACAAUUUGAUAUUUAAGGGACUGAAAAGAACAUUGGACUUCCAAAAUUCACAUCUUCUCUUGCAUAAAAUGAUCGAAGAGGGUUUUGUCCCAAUUGACAGACAAUACUGCAAUUUAAUCACUAGUAUGUGUAAAGUUGGAGAUGUAAAGGGAGCAUUCAAACUAAAAGAUGAAAUGGAGUUGUUAGGUGUUAGUUCCCGUAGUAUAGCUGAGGGUGCAAUUAUAAGGGGGCUUGUGCGUCGUGGGAAGAUGGAGGAAGCAAUGCUGGUCCUUGAAUGUAUGCUACGGGUGCAUCUACUUCCUACUGUUGCCACAUUCACAACUGUUAUGCAUGGACUUUGCAGAAGUUCUAAGCCCUUCGAGGCCUUAAAAUUGAAAGCUACUAUGGAGCUUCAUGGUGCAAAGCCAGAUGUUAUUGCUUACAAUGUCCUCGUAACAGGCCUUUGUGCUGGUGGAUAUAUUGAUGAUGCAUUUGAUCUCUAUGAGGAGCUGAAAGAGAAGGGUAUGUGUCCCAAUAUUACAACCUUCACGGUUCUUCUCAAUGCAUUUUGUUCUGGGAAUGAUCUUGCAAAGGGUGAAAGCCUUCUAAAUGAUCUGCAAGAGAGAGGACUGGCAGGUGAAUAUUCAAAUACCCAAGCGUUAUGUGAAAGACUGACAAUCAUGAAGGAAAAGCUAAAUGCUUUAAGGAAGAAGAAAAAGAAAAUAACCCGCAAGGGUGGCUCAGUUGGUUGAGCAUGGGGCUUUCAUAAUGGAGGUCUUAGGUUCGAAACCCCCUGCCUACGACAGCAGGGGUUUUGCCUUCUGGGUUGAGCUCGUCGCACGGGGCUUGGCUAGUGCGGGUUAUCUCUCCUGUGUGGUUUGCGAGCUAUUGCACAGGAGCUGGGUUUAUCCUGUGCUCACCCGAAGGGUAGCGGCUGCGGGUUCCCAUGUCAUCAAAAAAGAAGAAAAAGAAAAGAAGAUAAGUAUUGAUAUAGAAAGAUAACACUGGGAACAGUUAUCUAGCUUGCUGGAAAUGAGGUCUUCAUGAGGGUCUCAUGGCUUAAACCAACUUCAAUGGUAAUCACGUCUAUCUGAGACGUCUGCAACUGAAACUUUGGACAUUUCUACCAUUUGAAGUGUAUUUCUAUGUUCGGUAUCCUUUAAGAUAUCUGACCUACAAGGUGGAUAUAAGGAUUAUUGCAGCUCACAAAGUGGUCUAUUGUGUAUCUGACACUCUGUCCGAAUAGGUAUUUGGCAUUGCUUGCUUUGUUUAUUCUGUUUAAUGCACCAGGACUAUCUACUUAUGUGCUCUACAUUGAAGUGCAUUUCGUUAUCUAGCAAGACGACUAGAGUUGAAGUGUUGCAAAUCACAUCGAAGCUUUUUUCUUCAAUAUGUACUGUUCUCUGGCAAAACAUGAACAAUUCCUGCCUCCACCGAACUUUCUGAAGAAGAGAUAAGGCAUCGUUUCAAUUGUCGUUGAUCAUAAUCCUAUUCAAUAGAUCUUUUAUCCGUCUUGGUUAUUUGUUGGAAACUAAAGUCAGAAAUCGCUUUCAGAAAUCAAAUGCCUUUGCUGCUAGGUGACGGUGAUCAGGUAUUUGACAGUUUAUUGACCUGAUAUGUCUACUUGUGACAAGCUUUUUCUUGUCACUUCUUUCUCAACACCUCCCUCCACAAUAAAAAGGUAGAAAUCAUAUGGAAAUGAUGUGUGUGGAUCAUCAGGAAACCAUAUGGACUCAAAUUACCUUUGGAUACCGCAUUCUCCAGACUUUUCGAAACCAGUUUGUAAACACCAUUUAAGAACUGUGAAUUUCCACUGUUCUCAAUGGUUGUCUCUCUGCUUUUACCUUGGACUGGUCGAAGUCUCGGUGUAUUAGAUGCUAGAACCCCUGAUCCUAAAGGUGAUCAUUUACGUUCAUCUACCCCAGCUCGUACUCCGUUUGCUGGAAGAUGAACUCAGUAACAAUGGCAGAUGACUUCUUCUUAAGGCAGCUCCCUGAUAUGCUCUGUACCAGAAUAUCUUUAACAUAUGUAAAUCUAAUAAUGAAGGCAGGCAGCUGGAUGACGGUGUGGAUCAUCUACUUGCAGCCAGUAUCUGAGGCAACUGGAGGAGUCUGGCAGAGAGGUGGAAUAUGCAGUGCUCAUUUCAUUUAGCUCAUUUUCUUUCAAUGGCAGAUGCUCGUCGUCUUGUUCUCAUGGCAGACAAAAGAUGUAACUACUUAAUGUAGUUAGAAAUAAGGCUUAAGCCCCCUAAACUUGGCCUUUUUUUUUUUCAUUUUGGCACCUCAACUAAGUGUUGUUCCUAUUGAACCCCACAACUCGUCCUCAAGUGUAUCCUCAACUAAGUUGGAUUCUGUUUGAUAGACACACUUGAGGACGAGUUCAAGGGUUCAAUAAUAACAACACUUAGUUGGGUGCCAAAAUGGAAAAAAGGGCAAGUUUAGGAGGCCGCAUAUGCAUUAAGCCUAGAAAUAAACUUGUUUUGGCUUAUGUAGUGUUGACAAUCAACUGACAAGGUCUAGUUGUCUUUCACCAUUUUU